GACUCUGCAACCAUCGCACUCAUUGUCGCAACUGCGAAAAGUUUUAUUGUCGACUUUUGCACCUGUUUGCACCUGUUCCACUCGCGUGCGACCCGGUUCAUCAUGAGACGAUUUCUGGUUCAAACAACAUAGCCUUCGAUUGAUGAACUUACGUGUACCGAUCCAGCCAACUAUUCCAUCUGGUUCCACCAUUUUGUGUAAACAAUAUGGCAACAGGAGUCAAUUUUGUGUCGGCAUUAGUUGACAGACUUCGAAGUGAAGCCAAGAGAUUAGCAGAGGACACAAAUAAAAUACUUCAAACUAUAGAAUUUCUUGAAGAAAUGCUACAAUCAGGCCACAGUGAUUUAAUUUCUAAAGCUCAAACAGAUGAUGCUCUCUACCAUCUCAAUAAAGCUGACUUGGGAGCUGACUCUGGAGCCAUUAUUCAAGUUGCAACAAAUCUGAUGAAAGACGCUGCUCAACUUUCAAUGUGUAAAGAGGUCAUGAACAGUUCAUUAAGUGAUACAGAAAACAAUGUCAGAAAGAAUCUCGUAAAUUCUAUGUCCCCCACCAAUGCUGACCAACAAUGCCCAAACAAAGCCAAUGGUGCUCCAAUAGAUAACUCAUCGGACUUUAUCUACACAGUAAAGGCUGUGCUGCACUUCCCAACCACAAAUUGCAUCAGAAUUGUACCCCAGUUAGAGUUGUUUGUUCCCAAAGACAAAUCAAUGGAAUUAGAUGAGGAAGAUGAAUCAGGGGAAUUGAAUGGCAAAAGAAAACUAGUUGAAACGGUCUCUGAGCUGCCAUCGAAGAGAUUUAAAGUUGAGUCAUGUGAUUCACGGCCAGACAAUGAGAGUAGUCUAGAUUCAAAAUUUCAGUGGUCUUCUGCAACAGCUGGUUUCCGAAACAAAUUGUUUCAAUAUGUAGCAAAUGCACUCCAAUCUUUAAUUUUUGAUGCAAAGAAACGUGAUUGCUUUAAUUUUGACAUCUUGGAUCUUGGUGCCUCUGGAGAGGAGGUGAAAAUAUUCAAAGUGUCCAAAUUCCAGCGAAAACAUGCCACUGGAACAGCUGCUGUUCAAUUGUAUGGUGUGCAUGUUGACCGAGGGAUGCCAUGGAGUAAAGCUACUGAAAGAAACCUAGGGUUGGUUGGGGAAGAAGAGGGCUUCUACAUUUCCCAUCAGGUUCGCAAUUCCAACAACACUGUAGUUUUGGCUGUUGCUUUAGAGUCCAAUUCCAGUAACGAAACGAGACCCAACCAAGAGGACAUGUUAUAUACUUUAUACUGGCCUAAUAAAGGCCAUGAUUUGCACGAGAUGACUUUAAGAGAGAUUAAAAGUAAAUACAAGAAAGUGCCAAAGGAUGAGGCUGAACUGCACUGGACCAAACACUAUGAAUCUUCUAAAACCAUAUGCUCCCAUGCUUAUUGGGGUGGGCGCUGCAAAAAUGUUGCCUCGGGUAAAAAAUGCGACGUUGGUGUUCAACGUGUAGUACACACUAUUUUUGCAGGAUAUGCGCCAGGUGUAUGGACUGAGGCAGACGGUCUCCUGAAUAGCACAAAUAUACAUGGGAAAAGAAUGCAGAUUGUUCGUCUGCAUUCUUUCAACCAGGAACCAGACAUAAUUAUUGGAAAACUAAUCCCUGAUAGCUCUGUCAAAAGUCUGACUCAGGCACUUCAAGAAGAUGCACAUAAGAUGGAAGAGGAGAAAUUUUUGGACUAAACUGUGAAAUGUUAGAGCCUAUUUUGGUGUGUUGGUCACACAAUGACAUACAUAUGUAACCAUACAUAUAUAUAAUAUAUUAUUUUUCUUUGUUGUAUCAGUACAUACUUUGCAAUACAUGUACAGUGGGACCAAAUUCAACCCGCUUCAAGUGCCACAUACAGGCAAACCAAUUUUCUGUUCGGAGAUUAUUAUUUACUCUUCUAUUAUAAUUUUUGUUUAAACUCCUAUUUGUCUUGUGAACAUGUUGCUUUAAAGUGUAUUUCAUAAAAUGAUUUUGGCACACCCUC